AUGAAGCCUCGCCGUGGAAGGUGUGUCCGGCCAUCGGUGCCGGAGAAUGAACCGAAGCAUUUUAUGAAAGCCAUACUUCCUUCACCCAUUCAUGCAAAACAAAUUAGAAUUCCAGACGAAUUUAUAACAAGAUUUGGAAAUGAACUCAAGAAUGUUGCUACAAUCGCUGUUCCUGAUGGUUGUGUUUGGGAAAUGGAACUGAAGAAAUGCGACGAACAUGUUUUCUUUUGCAACAGAUGGCAAGAGUUCGUCGAAUACUAUUCUAUAGGAUAUGGUUUCUAUCUGUCUUUCAAAUAUGAAGGGAAUUCAAAUUUUAGUGUUAUUAUAUUUGAUGCAACUUCUGUUGAAAUUUGCUAUCCUUUCAAAACUCCAAGUACUAAUGAAGAACCAAACACAAAGUAUCAUAAUCCUAGGAAAAGGUCCAAGGUUGAAACAAGUGAGAGUUGUCGGGAAAAGGCCAAAAGCUUGUCUAAAGAUGCUUCCAAAAGAGCUAAGGAUGCUGCUAAUGUAUUCAACCCAAAUAAUCCAUAUUUUUGUUCCAAAGUCGCUAAGGGAAGAUGUGUGCAUGUUCCUUCUGAUUUUGCUUUCAAGUAUCUGAAGCUAAAUGUUCCUAUAAAACUCCAAAAUUCUCAUGGGGAGCAGCAGGAAGUUUUUUGCAUAGUGCCUGAUUCCAGAUCAUCAUCAAUGCGAAUAUCGAAAGGAUUUUCUAAAUUUCAAAGAAACAACAACCUGUCAAAUGGAGAUUAUUGUGGGUUUGAGCUGAUCAAGAAGAAGCCGGUUGUGCUAAAAGUCACGAUGUUUCGUGCGGUUGAUUAUCGCAAUUAA